AUGACCGGGCUGCCCGAACAACUCGCAAGCUUCUUUCAUGUUCCCAUUGGCCGAGAGAGGCCUCCGAACAAGAGAGCUCCUAAUGCCGCAAAAGCCUCGCUUGGAGCGAUUGCUGCUGUGGCUGUCCGAUACGACCAAGCAAACAUUGACAUUCCCAUGCGACAGUUCUUCUACGUAGGUGCCAAAUUCUACCUCGACGGGUGCAUCGAGGAGGAUGAAGUGCUGGGUAUGCACGUAUCUGGUACGGCAUUAUCCCGCCUUGGGAAGUAUACUGGUUGA